AUGACUCACAACCACCAAGUCCAUAGCCAUGACUCACAACCACCAAGCUUCCCACAGCUGCGAGUGGUGGCAGUGAGCGCCAACAAGGUGAUCGGUGUCAUGGGCAACGCACGCGGCGCCAUCAGCACAGCAGGCUUCGCGCUCUCACGCCUGGGCGCAGCCCUCCCCGCGCGCCAGGCCAUAGUCCUCGCGCUCAGCCAGUCGGGGCAGACCUUCCCCACGCUGCACGCCACGCGCAUCCUCGCCAAGCACUGCCCCGGCCGAGUCUUCGUCUGCACCGGCAUGCUCGACUGCAAAAUGGCCACGGCUGUGGGUCUGUCUCUUGCCGCUGCUUCUGCUGCGGGCAGCGAUGGCGCGUGGUGCGCGCGUGUGUUGCACACGCAUGCAGGGUGGCGGUCUGCUGAGCCGGCAACGGUGUCAGCAGUGGCGUGCCAUGCGACCCUCACAGAGCUGUUACUGCAUGCUGCACGCACUCUCAGAAGCAACGCGGAUUCCGCCAAGCUUGCCACUGAGCUCGGCGCACAGACCGCCACCGGCGUGGGCGCAGGCAAGGGCGCAGGGGGAACCACGGGCGGCGAGGGAGGCGCGGGAGGGGGGAGUGAUGGGGUGGCGCGGCGGUGGGUGGAGCGGCCGCUGGGGCUGCGGUUGAGCGGGGGGGAUGUGGCGGACUUGGAGCGCAUGCGCGAUGCCGUGGUGAUGAAGAGCGCUCCUGACAUUGUUGGGUGGACGCCAAGAGGUCACCGCGUGCACUCCCCGGUUAACUCCGCUCUCCGGACUCAGGGGCUCCUGUGGGCGCUGCACGUGUUGGAGACGCCCAUGGCAUGGGCCAUCAGCUCGCUCUACAUCUUCAUAGCUGUGGUGUUCGCCGUGCCCAUCUUCACCUCCAUCGCCAAGGCCAUCCCCACUCACAGCACCACAGCAGCAGACGCGCUACUCUACACAGCGCGCGCACUUGACGCCCUCCUCUUCUGCUUCCUCCCGCUCAUCAUUGCCCUCCCUCUCCGCAUCCUCACCGGCCGCGACCUCCUAGCCCGCCUCGGCAAGCGCACAGUUGUCAUAGCAGACGUGCCGUGGGUGCACCAGUCCCUCGAAGUCUACGUAUCCAAGCUCUUCGCUCUCAGCUACUGGGUGGCUGGGCUGGACGUGCACGGAGCGAGCCCCAUAGAUCACCUCGUGCAUCGGUUUACGCACAGAGUGUGCCGCGGCACGCUGCUGGCGUUUGGGCGCCCGGAUGGGAGGUUGUGCUCGCAGUCGCGGUGUGAGAGCUGGGUGCUCAUGGCGCUGCUGCAGGCGCGGACCAUCGUCAGCCUGGGGUGCGGUGCUGAGGUCAUCACUGUUGGGCACAACCCGUACCACGCGCGGUCGCUGGUGAAGCGGCACGUGGUGCUGCCGUCCAACCGCCCCAAGUUCCUGUGCGAGAAGCUGCUGGGCGUCGACGACCUUGAGCCCAUGAAACGCAUGGCAACGAGGGAGCACGUAGUCUCCACAACAACCGGCAAGAACCUCUUUGAGACACUUGACUCUCAGGUGGUGGGGCUGCAUCUGUGCGACGAGGGCACGGUGCAGAAAGCCAGAAAGCUCGGGCUGUCCAUGCUAGCGCACGGCAUGAGGGACAUCAGCACAGCGGACGCAGAGGACCCGGGGAACCGAGAGGCCAUUCUGAGUGCGCUGGGCGGGGACGUGAACAACCUGCUGCACUCGCAGGCGCCCAUCGAGGACAUCUGUGAAAACCGCUUCCUCUCCCUCGAACGCCUCAUCGCCUUCCACGUGCUCUUCCAUCGCAUGGCAUCAGUAGUGGCAUCACUACCACCACUGCGCUUCAACAUCGCACAGUCGCAGUCGCGCCUGCGCAUCGCCACCACGGCCGCCCCUGUCUCCGCCGCAGACCUCGAGAGGGAGUGGCUGGACAGCCACCACUCGCACCAGCACCAGCACUCGCACCACGGUGUUUCUCACAGAAUCUCCGAAACGCUGCAUCACCUGCUGCCGCUGCACCUGCCCACGAGCCACUCUGCUGCCGCCAACGCCAACACCACGCCAGCGUACACACAGCAGCACACCCCCUCCAGUUCACACACCAGUCACACAGAGCACCGUGUGGGGGGGUCAUACCAUGGUGGCGGCGGGGGUGGGGGGUCGAUGCGGGGCGGGUCCCACCACGGCUCGUCUCACCACGGGGGCUUUUUCCGCUCCAUCCUGCCCCUCAGGUCUCCCUCCGCUGCCUCUGCCAGUGGUGGCUUUGGCCGCAGCGGCAGCGGCGGCGGCGGCGGUGGCGGUGGUGGUGGUGGUGGAGGCAAGUUUGUCACACAGAGCUCUGGCGCUGGAGGUGCUGCUGCCGAGAGCCCACGGCAAGCCAUGGAUGAAGGCUCUGGUGCUGGUGGUGUGGAGGGGUCACAUGGCAGUGCCUCGGGGCGGGGAGGGCGGGUGAGCUUUGACGUGGGAGCUGAGCAAAGCGCAGAUGCACGCAUGCGGCGCCUGAGUGUGGAUGUCACUCCAGGCAGCUCCCUGCGCGGAGGCAUGGCGGGCGGGGUGACGUUCGGGGCCUGGCCUGCAGGUAUGGGCAGCAGCGCUAGUUCUGCCAUGCCACCGAGUGGUUCGGUGGGGAGUGCGACGCGAAGCAGAGCGGUGAUAGGGGUAGAUGUGUUUGAUAGUGGUGCCGAGGGGGGUGCUGUGCGCUUGGGGGUUUCUCCUGGAGCUCUGCCUAAGGUGGAGGAGGCAGGGGGGCAGUCGCUGCGGGAAGAGAAGGGGGGUGAAGGUGCAGGGAAGGGCCAGGCAGGUGGAGGCUCUAUCAUGCGUAGUAAGCAUCCUGCAAGCGCGCCGUCUCCUCUCCCUAAUGUCCAUGUUACCAACUAUGGGCGCAUCAACUCGCCCGGUGACGACAUCCGGGUAGACAUGGCGAAAGAGAAGCGCCAACCGGCGGGGAGCUCCAACGCCGGCUCUGGCGCAAGUUGUGACGAGGAAGAGGGCAACGAAGACGCCGGCGACGAAGAUCAUGGCGACGAGGACGAAGAGGACUGGCCGGAAAACGGCCACGACGACAGCGCAUCUGGUGACGAGGUGCCUGCCGGAGGCAUCGACGAUGACGACUGGUGGAUGCAGCCGAUAGGCUGCGGCGACGAUGUGGAGGAGUGGCACGCCGGCGACGAUGACGAUGACGGAGGCGCGGAUGCGGUUGCUGAUGCGGCGGCGGAUGCGACGGUAGAAGCUCAGGCGGCGGGUGCAGAUGCGGAGGCGGAAGCAGAUGCGGAUGCGGAGGCGGAUGCAGAUGCGGAUGCGGAGGCGGAUGAAGAUGCGGAUGCGGAGGCGGAUGCAGAUGCGGAGGCCGAAACAGGCGCAAAUACGGCUGCUGUUGUGGUGGCGGAGGCGGGUGAUGGCCGUGAUGCUGUCUUCUUCGAAGGCGAGGACGACGCGGACGACCCAUGGCGCGUCUCGUCAGAUGAUGACGUGCCUCUGUUGAAGAGGCGGCUGCGUCACAGCCUAGGCGUGUCCCGGAAAAAAACCCGGGUGCUGCUCUCGGACGACGACAGCCCGGAUGAGGAGCGGCGACCCCGCGUCCCUGCUGCUGACAAGGGGAAGGCUAAGGUGGUUGAGGUUCCUGCUAAGGUCGCCCCUCGCGUCGGACAGAGCAAGAAGAAGUGGAAGGACGAUGGCGACCCGGGUUCAAGCAAAGGCGCGAAGAGGCAGAAGAAGAAGGCUGUCAAGAACAAGGACGACAUCUUGGUAAACGAGGCGCAGGGCAGUGACGACGACUACGCGGAGGCUGCAGGCCCCAUGCCUUCAUUCCCUGAGAAGGCGAAGCCAAAAGACCCCACCAUCUGGAACCUGAGGAGACCCCCGCAUCCCGUGGUGCUGCAGUGGAUAGCGGAGGCGUGGGAUCAAGUCCCUAGGCAGGUGAUCAUUGACGCGUUCCGUCACUGCGGCAUCUCAAGCAAGCUGGAUGGGACCGAGAACCAUCUGGUGAUGUCCCACCUGCGCGCCAGGAGCACCACCGAUGUCACCGAAGACAUGUGCCUCGGGGGCACCACGGGCGACAACACGCGCCUGCUUGGGAAGGCUCCCGAGGAGGAGGAGGAGGAGGAGAUGCAGGCGGAGGGCGUGAAAGAGGUGGCCGUGGCCACCGGCCUGGAGGUGCUGUACCAGGAGACCCCUCACUACCGGGGAGCGGCGGCCGAGGCUGACCGCAUGAUCGAGCCCGUGCAGACAGCCAGGCACGCCUGGCGAGUGCCAGACUUGGGGAUGCAGGAGCCACCAUCUACUAGUGCAGAUGAGGGCGUAACAGAGGGGGGCUAG